AUGGCCAGUUCCUACCUAAUUAGGCGCUUGCAAAACCGUCGGUCAUGCGCUUAUUAUUCAUUCGCCAGUCAUACACAGUUGACCCGUGGACUUGCAGAAGGCACAAUCGAAAUGUAAUUUCAUUUUGACGCGUCUUUUCCCUGUACCCUUUGCAGUUUUAGUUACAAGUUAUAUUGAGGGAUCCGUUCUUUGCGUGUCUUGCUCCCGGUUUUUUAGUUAAGAAUAGUGGACUAAUCAUUUUGGUGGGUAGAUAGAUAUUAAUGUGAUGCGCGCGAGUGGUAAAUGGGUGGUGUUAUGGUCGCUGUGGGCGGCGCGGCUGGUGCGGCAGCCGACGCCGCCGGUGCGCGUGAGCGGCGGCUGGCUGCGCGGCUCCGUCUCUCCCGACGGCUCUUACGCUCAGUACUCCGGCGUGCCUUAUGCCGUCAACCAGGAUAGGUUUCAGGCACCUGCACCGGCGCCCACCUGGGAUGGAGUGGUAGACGCCAUAAACGAGCACAUCCGAUGCACGCAGUCAGGAGGAUUCUCGGGCGGCAUAGUGGGCCAAGACGACUGCCUGACGCUCAACAUCUACACACCCUUACACAACUCCCAAUCUAGCCCACUCCCAGUCAUGGUCUUCAUUCACGGUGGAGGUUUUAUCAAAGGAUCAUCCACCAAGAGCAUAUACGGCCCUGACUAUUUAAUGAGUAAAGGAGUAGUGCUGGUUACGAUCAACUACCGACUUAACGUUGAAGGUUUCCUUAACUUGGGAAUCAAAGAAGCGCCAGGAAAUGCUGGCAUGAAAGACCAGGUGGCAGCUUUGAGAUGGGUACAAAAAAAUAUAAGAGCGUUCGGUGGCGAUCCGGACAAUGUCACCAUUUUUGGGGAGAGCGCAGGAGGCGCUUCAGUCUCCUACCAUGUCCUAUCUCCUAUGUCCAAAGGCUUGUUCCACAAGGCUAUAUUACAAAGUGGCUCGUCACUUUCCAGCUGGUCAUUCCAACACGAUCCAUUUGACGCAGCUAUUAGUAAAGCAAAGAAUGUGGGGUAUAUCGACUUAUCUGAAAAUGCUCUAGAUUUAUACAAAUUUUUCAUGAGCAAAACUUCCAGGGAACUUUUAGAAACAAGAGUUCCAAGAACAGAGGGAGAUCUUGUGUUAUCGCAACUACUAUUUACGCCGAGUGUAGAGCAAAAAAUUGAAGGUGUUGAGCCAUUUUUGACUGAAACUCCAUAUAAAAUUCUGUCCGAAGGUAGAUACAAUAAAGUCCCUUUGAUAAUCGGGUCUAAUUCUGACGAAGGAUUGUUAUUCAUGAAUAUGGAAACAGACGAUGAUAUAAAGAAUUUAAAAUUUGAAGUAGCUUUGCCAAAAAAUUUGAUCUUCCCGUCUGUUGAUGAACGGAAAAAAUUGGCUGAUGAAGUCCAUAAACUUUAUUUGGGAGACGAUGAGAUUACCGUAGAAAACAGGGCUAAGCUGUCCAAGUUUGCUGGUGAGCCGUUUUUCAACUAUUUCGCGGCGGAAGAGACGGGUUUGAUCAUGAAGACGACCGACAAGCCCGUCUAUCAUUACCUCUUCGACUAUGACGGAUGGAAGAACGUCAUCAAACUGUCUGCGAGUAGCUCGUUGAAGAAGCUGAAAGGCGCAUCGCACGCCGACGAACUCUUCUACCUGUUCAGUCAGCUACCCUCGAUGUUUGAGAACAAAAUGAUCGAGGUGAUGACGACGUUGUGGACAAAUUUCGCUAAAUACGGGGACCCUACGCCAGCUGUGACAGACCUCCUCCCCGUAAAGUGGCCAGCAGUGAGGACGGAGGACCAGCGGGCCCUGGUCAUAGACAAGGAGCUCAGUAUCAGCCCCAUAUGGCAAGACCGGCUGCUGUUCUGGAGGGAUGCUUAUGCCAAAUACCGGAGAAAAUGAUCUAAACGUCAUAGCUUAAAGACUUAACUUGUGUGCUUAGUUGUGGUGUUCAGCAUUUAAAGGCAGUGGAAAUACAGUUCCCACCAUAUUUUGAAACUUAUUGGCUUGUCGUAUGGACCAAAAUGAAAAAUGUGUUUUUGUCAUGACUGUUAAAAGGUUAACUCGUGUUUAGGAACUCGAUUUUGGUUCUACCUCACCUGUAUCAUGGUUACGAUAUGUGCGAGGAAGAUAGUAAGAUCCAAUACAGAUAAAUUGACAUAGCUAAAGCUACUGACGAAUCCCGUGAAUUCCAGGGAUUAAUUUGUUUUCCCGAAUUUUCAUCGGGCAAAGAAAAUUAUUUUUCAACCGUCAUCUCUAUUCUAAAGAGACAAUCGUGUAAUAUUUUAAAAUAUACAUAUAAUGUUUCGAUUAUGAAGAUUUAGGAUUUUAACUUGAUAUUUAAUAAAUUACAUUAGGUACCUUCCAACUUUAGUGUGUGAUAUUAUUGUUAUAAUGUAUUGCAUUUAAUUUAUCCGAAUUAAUUACGAGUGAUAUGAAUUUUAAUGUACGAGUAGAGACGAGUACAUAAUAAUAUUUAUUUACAUUAGACUAAGUACCUAUCUAUAUAUAUAAAAAUGAAACCCGUUUUCCGUUGUCACGACUUAACAUGAAAACGGCUUGACCGAUUUGGCUGAUUUUUUUUUUGUAGUUUUCUAAUACUCUGUACAAGGUUUUUACGGAAAAAAAUAUAAAGAAAAUCUCUACGCUAAGGCGGUACGAAGUUCGCCGGGUCAGCUAGUACUACAAUAUUUUAUUGCACCUUCUCGUAUAAGUAUGUAAGUAUUUACUUCUGUACAUAAUAUUGUUUACUUUACAGUACAUAUUGUUAAUAUAAUUUUUAUAACAUUUACACCAAUAAACGACUGAUUACAUCGUAAUAGUUGUUUUGUUCGUAUUUGCUUAUGUUUAUUUCCAAAAAGUAUCUUUUCUAUUGUUAUGAAAACUUCCAUACUUUGCUAGAUUUCAUAGUUUAUGUUGAUGUGCUGCGAUUCAUACAAGACAAAACAAGUUUUUGCUAUGUUUUUUCAUAAUACCUCAGUAAGUAUAAUAAUAAAUACGCAUAUUUCAAGAUUCUAUUUCCGUGUAAUGACAUUAGACAUGUAUUCUGAAAAGGCGUUCAAAACUCUAUUCAAUUAAACGAAGGUAAUAUUUAUUUAUAAAGCUUG